AGGACGGGGCCGUGUGUGAGCUGGAGAUCCAUGGCCUGGCCAUGGUGGAUGCUGGGGAGUACUCAUGCGUGUGCGGGCAGGAGAGGACCUCGGCCACACUCAUUGUCAGGGCCCUGCCCGCUAAGUUCAUCCAAGAUCUGAAGACUAAAGAGGCCACAGAGGGGUCCACGGCCAUUCUGCGCUGUGAGCUGAGCAAGGUGGCCCCCGUGGAGUGGAGGAAGGGGCCUGAGACCCUGAAAGCGGGGGACAGAGUCAUCCUGAAGCAAGAUGGGGCCGUGUGUGAGCUGGAAAUCCAUGGCCUGGCUGUGGCAGACACCGGGGACUACUCGUGCAUAUGCGGGCAGGAGAGGACCUCGGCCACGCUGACCGUCAGGG